CUCUUCUUCACUGCUCUUCCCCCUUAUGUCACAUGACCGUCCCUACAGGUCCUUCAUCCGCCACUGUCGUCUCCACUGCUCAGCCCCGCCCCCUCAUGUGACGUCAUCACAGGUCCUUCACUGUUUUCCGGUCCCAUAUACAGAGCGGGUCCUGGUGGGUGGUCGGUGCUGUCGUCUCUUGUUGUCUCUGUUAUCAGCCAGCAGUGAGGCCAUGGUUGUCUGUUUUGUGAAGGGUUGUACACCCAAGUCGAGAGAAGGGCGGGGUGACGUUACACUUCACGUCUUCCCAAAAGACAAAGAUAAAAUAAGAGAGUGGCUGAUGGCCACAGGGGAAUCUAUACCGAAUAUAGAAGAAUUGGUGAACAAGAUUUAUGACACCAAAAAAGUAGAUUUAUACAGGAUGUGUUCUCUGCAUUUUGCGCCUAACUGUUAUAUUUUCAACCCCAAAACGGGGAAAAGACGGUUGGCCAACAUGGCGGUCCCUUCCAUUUUCCCUAGAAAACCUAAAACUGCUGAGUGCUCGUCUCAGGUUACUUCCCCACGAUUAGGAAAACGAAGAAGAGUCACAAUAGCGGCUGGAAGCAGAUGCCCAACGUGUAACCAGAUUGUUGGGCCCAGCCAAGAUUUUCAGCCGGUAACAUCAGAGCCAAGAAAAGAAUUUGCUGAGAAAUUCACGAUUUUUGAUCGUACCUACGGCACAGCAUCAAAAUACGUGCAAACCUAUCUUAGAACGUUUAGUGUAAAAUCACAGUGCCAAAUGAGACCCCCCAAAAAAACAUCCUGCCAAACUUCAGCUCUUACCAAUGUUUUUGUGUUUGGUUCGCCCAUCCAAGGAGCAAGUACAGAAAAAAUCUCUUCUCAGGAAGAAACAGAAUUAUCCGAUAUUCCUCAAGAACCUUCACAUACAAUACCCAUUGAAUCCACACCCAUUAAAACAAUACCGCAUACCCAAACCUCAGAUGCCGAGGUGGUGAACAGAGAAGGUUUACAAGCUGAACCUAUUGUGAAAAUGGCUGAGAGAGGCAUUUCCAGCAAACAAAGGGUCUCUCCCAUAGGUAUACAGGAAGAACAGCCAAGUCUGAUUUCCGAGGAUACUAAUCACCCAGGCAACUCCUGGGCAGAAAGUCACCGAAGGAGGAAGAAAUCUGUGGAUAUUAUGGAUGAUCAGCUUGGAAAUUUAGAAGACUUUCUAUCAAGAAUGCCGGCAUGUGUGGUGAACGGGUGCUCCACGGCCAACAGAGGUUCCGGAACUCUCCAUGUGUUCCCUAGGGACAAAGAACGAAUUCGAACUUGGUUAUUGGCAACUGGACAAUACUCCCAUGACCUAGAGGAGGCCGUGAACAAAAUAUUUAAUGCUACAAAAAAGAGUGACUCGUAUCGGAUGUGUGCAAAGCAUUUUGCACCUUAUUGCUUUAUCUACAAUGCUAAAACUGGAAAACAAAUAUUGACCAAAAACGCUGUACCGACAAUAUUCCCACACCGAAAUGCGACGGCCUUCCCUCCAGCAACGAAAAGGAAGCGUAGUGAGAUGGCCGCAUAUACUCAAGAUUCAGACUCUGAAUUCUCAUCAACAGAUGAGUCGGGGGAAACUGAAGAUUCACAAGAAGAUUCAGAAAAAGAAAAUUACAAUGUAGAAGGCGAAGAGGUAAUUUUUUCCAAAAGAAAUUUCGGCGACCAUCCUCCCUGUUAUAUACAUCCGGUUAAACAGCGGAAAUUUAUAGUCUUUGAAAAUUCUCUAGAUGAACUUAUCCUGAAGAUCCCGUGCCAAUCGGCAGAGUGCACUAGUCCAAUAACAAAAAUUAUAAAAAAGAGGACAGGAUCUUAUAUUUCCAUCUUUGUUGAAUGUGCCGACCACGAUUAUAAUCUCCUAUGGGAAAGCCAGCCCAUGAUUGACGGUAAACCGCUCGGAAACGUAAUCUUAGCCUCCGCAAUAUUUGAGAGCGGCAAUAGUUUCCCUAAAAUGAAACAAUUUUUCCAUCUGAUGAACAUUAUGGCGAUGUCGGAGAACGCCUACUCCAAAUACCAGCAUGAUUAUAUUUUCCCAACGAUUGAGAAUUCCUGGAAAAUCAGCCAAAUGGAGAGUAUAGAAAAUGUACAAGGACCCCCUGUGUGUAUCUCCGGAGACGGGCGAUGGGACUCCUUGGGAAACAACGAUAAGUAUUGUGUCUACAGUAUGAUGGAUAUGGAGACCAAAAAAAUCCUAUCUUUCGAUGUUCAACAGUCGGCAAUGGGAGUCUCCUCUCUUGAAUCGGAAAAGAUAGCGUGCAAAAACGCACUGGACUUUCUCCUGCAAAAUGAAAUCAGCGUCAAAUUACUCUGCACCGAUCGCCAUUUUCCCAUAAGAAAGAUGGUGAAGGAGGAGUAUCCUACAAUUACCCAUGAGUUUAAUGUGCGGCAAAUUGCCAAAAGUGUGGGUGACAAACUGCUUGAUGCCAGUCACGAGAAGGACUGUGAAGACCUUGCGGAAUGGGUUGGGGCGAUACAAAGCCACUUGCGAUGGUGUUCGGACUCCUAUAAUGGAGAUGAUUCCCUUCUCAUGGCCAAGUGGAAUUCUAUCCUCUACCAUGUGCAGAAUGUCCACGCCUGGGAGGACAAGGACGGUAAAUAUUCUUCUUGCCAACACAAGCAUCUCCCCGAGGACACGAAACGGAAGAGGAAAUGGCUGAAAACAAAUAGCCCGAGCUUCAAAGCUCUAAAGAAAAUCGUAUUGGACAAAAGACUCCGAAAGGACAUGAAGCGGAUCUGUCAUUUCUGUCACACCGGAGACAUAGAAGUUUUCCUCAGCGCCAUUGAGAAGUACCAAAGUGAUCAGAAGGAGCAUCAGCACGUCACCAUCGAUGAAAUGUUCGCACGCACUCAAUUGGCUUCCCUGGACCACAAUACUAACUGCAGAAAGAUCCGGGCCAUGGCUAGGCGGUCAUCGAGAACAAGUGCAGGGUCCCAUAGAUAUAAUACGGCCGACCCCAAGGACAGAAGGGAACGGUAUGGCCCGGAGAUGUACAAACCCACCAACCAGGACUUCUUAAUCGAUUUGAUGCAGGAAGUGGUGGAAUUUGUUUCUGGGAAUCGCAGUUUUGAGUGGAGCUCACACACGUCCUCCGCGCCUGAACACAUAAUUCCAGAUGUGAAGCCGGAUGUAAAGUCCAUUGUUUUAGCAACGUAAAAGUCGACAGGAACAAAUGUUUUUGAUGCCCAUCGGUAUGGAGGGUCUAGUAAAACUUUCUCCAUGUUCUCUCUAUGAUUUUGACAUGAGGUUAAUUUUCAGGAGAACAAAAGAAUCGUGUUUUGACGUGGUAACAUUGCCCCGAGUACGAUCUACAAGUUUACAUAUUUGUGAAAUUUUUCAGGUUACACAUUACGUAUGCAUACAUCCCAGGAUCGCGCUGUUCUCGACAGCAUUAACCCCAUAGAUGCUGUGAUCAGUCAUGAUCACGGCAUCUAUGGGAUUGACAGGGGGAGAGGGCUGCCCAUGUCCACCAACGGCGAUCCCUUGAUACGAUCGCGGGGCCUCGUUGGUUGCCAUGGCAGCAGGAGGCCAGCUGAUGGCCUCCUGUCUGCCUAGUACGGCAGCCUGUGAGGUCCAGCCAUAGGCUGACUGUCAGUGUAUAUUGACUGUUAUACAGGGAUGUGGAAAUAAAUAAAAAAAUACUACUAAAAGGACUAAAACAUAGCACAUCUACUUGUCCCUCAUGACCAUCCACUUGAUCUGGUGCAUAAAAUUAUUUCAACCAAAAUAGUAUGUAAAUAAGGUCUUU